CGCCGCGGCGCCCCGGGCUGCCUUGCCCAUCCCAUCCCAGGACAUCCCAGCCCUGCCCAGCCCAGGACCUCCCAGCGUUGUGCUCUCCUGCAUGCGGGAGCGGCGUCGGCCCGCUCCGCCAGCAUGUCCGCCCGCUGCUGCGCCGGCCAGCUGGCCUGCUGCUGCGGUACUGCUGCUUGUUCCUUGUGCUGCAAAUGCUGCCCCAAGAUAAAGCAGUCAACCAGCACCCGCUUCAUGUACGCGCUUUACUUCAUCCUGGUGACCAUCAUCUGCUGUGUCAUGAUGUCCACAACAGUAGCUAACGAAAUGAAAACUCACAUUCCCUUCUACAAGCAGAUGUGCAAGGGUAUUCAGGCGGGUGAGAUGUGUGAGAAGCUGGUGGGAUACUCUGCAGUGUACAAAGUCUGUUUUGGAAUGGCCUGUUUCUUCUUUUUAUUCUUCUUGUUCACCAUCAAAAUUAACAACAGCAAAAGUUGCCGAGCAUACAUUCAUAAUGGAUUCUGGCUUAUCAAACUUAUAGUUCUGGCAGCAAUGUGCUCAGGAGCCUUCUUCAUUCCUGAUCAGGACACUUUCCUCAAUGCUUGGCGCUAUGUAGGAGCAACAGGAGGGUUCCUUUUCAUUGCCAUUCAGCUCAUCCUGCUGGUUGAGUUCGCACACAAGUGGAAUAAAAAUUGGACUGCCGGGGCAAACCACAAGCAGGUGUGGAACGGCCUGCUUGCCCUGGUGACUCUCACGCUGUACUCCAUUGCCGUGGCAGCCCUGGUGCUCAUGGCUCUGUUCUACACGCGCCCGGAGGGCUGCCUGCACAACAAGGUGCUGAUCGGGGUGAACGGCGGCCUGUGCCUCCUGGUGUCCCUGGUGGCCAUUUCGCCCUGCGUCCAGAACCGCCAGCCCCAUUCUGGCUUGCUGCAGUCAGGAGUCAUCAGCUGCUAUGUCAUGUACCUCACUUUCUCAGCACUAUCCAGCAAACCACCAGAAACAAUCCUGGAUGAAAACAACAGGAAUAUCACAAUCUGUGUACCAGAAUUCAGUCAAGGCCUGCACAGAGAUGAAAACCUGGUUACUGGCUUGGGUACUACGAUUCUGUUUGGCUGCAUUUUAUAUUCUUGUUUGACCUCAACAACACGUGCAAGCUCAGAGGCACUGAGAGGAAUAUAUGCGACAGCUGAAACUGAAGUAGCUCGUUGCUGCUUUUGCUGUGUACCUGACGGAGACGCUGAUGCUGAAGAGCAUGUUGAGAAAAGGGGAGGCCAGACUGUGGUUUAUGACGAGAAGAAGGGCACAGUGUACAGUUAUGCCUACUUCCACUUUGUUUUCUUCCUGGCUUCUCUCUAUGUGAUGAUGACAGUAACUCAUUGGUUCCAUUAUGAAAGUGCUCAGAUUGAAAAAUUCUUCACUGGAACCUGGUCUAUCUUCUGGAUUAAGAUGGUCUCCUGCUGGGUUUGUGUCUGUCUCUACUUAUGGACUCUUAUUGCUCCACUCUGUUGCCCAACCAGAGAGUUCUCAGUGUGAACAGUCUAAAGGUCAUUUAAAGUUUUUCUCUUUUUGCUUUUCUCUUUUUUUUUUGGAAUGAGGAAACACCAAUUAUCCACUUAUCAUAAUCUACCAGUUAUUACAUUUUUAGUCAGACUAAACAAAUGAUUGAAGACUUCUUUUACCAUUUUUUAUUAUCAUGAACAAGCAUUGCCUAAGGGAACAAAUCUGUUUUGAAACUUUACAAUGCUUAUGUGUGGUGUGUAGAAUACACAGUUGUUGCAUAAACUGGAAUAAGUGAGGUACUCUUCAAAUAACUGGCAAUCUUUCUCUGGCUACAUUGACAAGAAAAGAAAUACUCAUGGUGCAGAUGGUAUCUUUUUACUUCCCAGGAAUGUUUGGUAUCUUCCAGCAAAUAUGCAUUAAUUCCUUUUUAUACUCUUUCAUUAACUGUUUCUUUUACAGUUUCCAUGAUGAUUUGGACUGCUGUUUUGUACAGCAUAUAAUACUUGUAAGUAGUAUCCAGAUAAUUUUUUUUCCAAAACCAUAUCUAAGUACUUCUGUAGAAAUAAGAGAAUAUAUAAAAUUUGACUGCCAAAGCAUCUACUAAAAAUUGUUUAUCUAAGUAUUAAAUAUAUUAAGUUAUUUUAUACCUAGAUUGAGAAAGGAAUGUACCAAUGAUAGUAAAGUAUUUAUUCUAUUAUUACUUUAAAGGCACAUCGAUAUUUUAUGCAAUUCAGAUUUAGCCCAGUUAAUAACUGAAUGGGAGUUCUACACGCAAAUUCUCAAACUGAAUUUUGCCCAAUUUUGCUUUGCCAGGUCACUCAAAAGUUGAGUGUACUGCAUGGGGAUGUAAGAUAAGGUACAUUCUUUAUUUACAUCAUUUGCUGUUGAGAAAAUGAUAGUUAGGGAGCACUGCCCGUUGCUGUUAAAUUUAAAAGUGGGGUGCUCAUUUACUUCUCUGCCCUGCUGUUUCCAGCUUGUCUCUAAAGGUCUCCCAAGUCUUCAGUUCUGUUUCCAUGACUAGUUUUAUAAUAUUUUACAUGCAUUGAUGGUCAGAAAAGGACUAUAGUGUGUCAUCAUCUUUUCUGCUUGUGUGUUUGUUGGAAAGUAUUUCUUCUAACUACUAUAUUUUUAUACUCCUCUGUUGAUAUUACUUUUGCUUUUGGGAUGGGAGUUAGCCAGCCAAUGUAUUAAUGGAGACAGAAAUUCUCUUGUAGAUCUCCUGUUCCAAACACUGUAGUAAGCAGUCAGAAAAGCAAAACCAGAAGACACAAAUGCAACAAGCAGCUGUCUUAGCACAAAUGACUUGAUGAUAUUAAACACUACCUUGUCACCUUUUUUUAAAUUAAUUUAAGCAGAUAAUUUGGUGGUAAAACGGCAGUUCAAAUGCCUUGAAUGCUGAAAAACGUUGAACCCCCAUAUUUAUCUGCAUUCUGGUGGGAUGAAUUUAUGACUUGAGCUAGUCCUGGUGGUUUUUGUCUUCUCUCACGCAACAUGUGUAUUCACACACAUGUACAACAGUGUAAAAUAUCAACCAAUUAGCAGCUCUCUUUUGAAAAAAAAUAUGAUUGAGCCUUAAAUCUUCAUCCACUGCUUUCUGCAAGUCAAAGAAAAGCACAACAUGGAUGCCAAUGGGUUGGCCAAAAGAUUUGCAUGCCUUAGUUGUUCUGUUGUAAUAAUUAAUGGCUAAUGCCCACCUGGUCAGUGAUCUUAACAUAUUGGAUCUUGAUUCUCGUCUUGUUUUCAUUGCCAUUUUUAGCUGCCUUGUUGUUAUGGUAUUCCAGGACUUCUGUCCUGUUUGGAGCUUCUACGGAUGUGAUCUUCCCUACCCUGUGCACUCUUACCUGAAACAAAAUAUUCAGGUCUGCAGUCCUGUCUACUUAUGCCACCUACGCCAGUGAUUAGAGCCUCAAAAUACAUGUCCUGAGAUCUGAGGGAAGGAGGAGUCUGUACAGCAGUGACUGCCUUGGUGUUCUUAUUUGCACCACGAAUUAAAAUAGCAAUUGAAGCUGGGCUUUGACACUGAGUUAGAAGAGCAACAAAUAACUCUGGACAGGGAGGCAGGUUUUCCUCUCUCCCUUUGCUUCUGCUGGGAGGUUCUGAUCCUGCCAAGAGCUCUGCUAGCAAGAACAUUUCUGCCUCCAUUUAGAGUCUUGCUACACAGAUACUUCUGCAGCUGAAGUAGGCCUUUAUUAAUGAUUUUCAAUCCAGAAGCAUUUAUUUGUCCAAUCUUUUAAGAUGAGAGCUUGUGGGCUGUGCAGUGAUGACUGAUAGUUGUCCCACCUAACUCACAGCAGCAAUUCUGACAAACAGUUUUGAUCCAGUGCUGUAGUUGUGUGCUACAACUGAAAUAGUCCAGGCUCAUGCCUUGCCUGAUCCUAAGAGGCGUGCAAGAUUUGCCUUCUAGUGCCAUAGAUGUUGCACUAUGAGAAACCAAGCUUGGUUGGGGCUUGUUUUUUUGCUUGUUUGUUUGUCUGGGGGUUUUGUUUGGAAUUUUUCUUUUUUUAGAAAUUAGCCAUGGUUUUUGUAACAGAACAAUCAGGGAAAGAAGCUUUAUGGAGGAAGGCACACACACUAUGCCAGGUUACAGGCUGCGAAAGGUUUUUGUUGUUUGGCUCUCAGACAUCCCAGUCACAACUGUGGAUGAUCUUAAUGCUGAUCUCGGUCCUUGGAUGCUCUUGUUUACGGAAACACUUAUUUUAUCUAGUAUUUGCAUCAGGGCUUUCUGCACCUCCUUAUGCUGGUGUUUAGGGAAAUAGCACAGAGGAAGCAAGGCUGUAAAAAGAAAGUCCACAGUGAGGCGUGGGUCCAUUCUUCUUACACAGCACUCACCUCACUGAGCUGCUCCUUCAUCCUUCCCUACUACUAACUAUUGACCUUAGACAUGUAGAUCUGCAGGUGUACACAGAGUAGGAAUAGGGCAGUGCCUGCUUACACAGUUUUGCCUACUUUGAGCAAAUGCUUGUUGGGGGAACCCCCAAAAAUAAAUAACUUUGAGGGCCUGUGUGUCCAUGGUGCCCUAGAUCCAGCUGUGGACUUCCAGGCCUUUCUAAGGAAUCAGUAACUAGUAGCACUUGGGUGUGCAAAGACUCUAGUUCCUCAUCAAGACAAGGCUUCCUGCUGGCCAGGCAAAUGUUACAGCCUUAGUGUUUGCUGUAAAAUCUGUACUGUGAACUUCCAUGUGCAACUACAUAACAAAAUCUUCGGCUCAGGUCAAGGAAUCAAAUUCCCAGCCCAUAGAUUCCAAACAGUUAAUGCAAAUGGGCUUAAAAAAAAACUUGUUAGGAAGUGCCUUCAUACUUACUGCUGUGAUAACUAUUAAUUCAGGUGGCGCUAGAACUGGAAAACCUGGACUGAGCCUGUGACUGGGUGGUGCUGCCUUGUAGCUUACACCAGUGUGUACAAGGCACAAUCAGACCUGGAUUGCACAUGGAAGACCAAACAAUCUGUGCUUGACAAACCUUUGGGGAUAAGACUGCUUCAGGUGUUACUGUGCAGUGGAAAAUUAAGUGGGAAAACUCACAAGUAGCCUGAUGCUUUUGUAAAUAAAUAAUUUUUUUACAUUUAAGCUGUAAACAGUUAACUUUCUCUCCCCAUACCUGAAAGUGCAGGUGACUGUCUGCUGAGGCAGUUCACAGCACAGUGUCUAUCCUGCCUUGUACCAUGUUUGUUCAUUGAAUUUGUUCCCAGACGUAAGCAGUGCAGCACUUCUGGCUCCUAGUGGAUUUGGGCUGCGAGAAAGCUUACAAAGACAGCAAGACCAGAGAACAUGUACUGUACUAAAUUUCCUCUGUUUAAAUUUAACUAAUGCUAUCUUUAGGAAACUUUUGAGGAACAGACAGUGUUGACAGAAGUCCUGCUGGGAAGGUGAAAUAAUUUUAUUGGCUUUUUUCUGCUUUGUCAAAUUUGCUGUCAUAAAGUCUAUAUGGGACUUCACUGCUGCACUAUCAUCUGAGACUGGAACAAUUUUACUUUUCUUUGUGAAGGCAACCAAGAGCCACAGUCAUGACCGGUUCUUGUUUGGGGUAAAAUAAGUGGGACAGACUCGGAGAGCAAGUGUCUGAAUCCAAGUAACUGGACUAACAAAUGAAAUAGUAAAACUUUACUAGGGAUGUGCGGAAAGCAGAUGGGUAUGCUCAUUUGCUGUUGGCCACAUAGUUCCUCAAAGUGUGCGGGCAGCCCUUGCAGCUGAGCUCCACUGCAGUCGCACAUCGAAGGUAUUGCAUGUUUGUGAUACUCUCAGCUUUCUCCUUCUAGCAUUUCCAUGAGGUUCAAACAGCUUCUGUGUGCCCAGCUGAUGUGGUAAGUCCUGCCUUGGUUGGGCUGCUUUCCUCUGAAAUGCAGAAUUCAGUGUUGCUUGUGUAUGUGUAGUCCAGAGAGAGGGAUUGUCCCCUCACAGAAUCAUAAACACUGCAUGUCUAUUUAUUUAUUUAUUUUGUGUUUUAGCACCUUUUUACAAGUCUAUAAGUGCUUUGAGGUUAUAAAUUACGCAUGUGUAAUGGCUUUGUCAGCUACUGCUGCAGCCAUUUCUGGGCUAGAACAUUGCUAUUAAUGAAGCAACCAUUGCACUUGUGAAAAAGCUGGUUUUUAACAGUUCUUUGGCUUUGAAUGAUGGCGUGAGGAAAACUUGGAUACUUAAGAUAGUGCGCUGCUUGAACUUUGGCUAGCAGCCCACAGUAUCAUGGGCAUCUCUGAACAGAUCAGCAACAGAGUAAUCCAUGAGGGUUUUUUAACUGCACUGUAAAGAUUUUAUAAACUGUUAGGCUUUUCUCCUAAGUUGAUGAAGCAAAAUACCACAAGACCAUACCCUUGUGGCUAAAUGAGUUGAGAUUAUCUACAGCUAAAAUUUUGCUCUCAUUUUCCUUCUGGGCUUUAGAAGCAAUGUCUUUCACCUGGAGGCUGUAUCUCCUUGUUUUACUUGCCUUUUUCUCCUUGGAUAUGUUUUUUAAAGGCACUGUUCACCUCCUUCAUUCCCAGACAACCUGCUGCCUAUCAAAUGGGAUGUCUUUGGUGCUAGAAACUAGCAAAGACCUCUUUGCCAAGUCUUACUGAUCCUUUCCUUUUCAUAGCAGGACAGCCUGCAGCAUUGAAGCAGAGGCAAGGAUCAUAGUUUAUUACAUGGAUCAGUUUUUCUCUGUGACAGCUGCUUCUUUGUUUUCCAAAGUGGCCUACGAGUUCUUGUGGGAGGGAAACACAUAAUGAACACCAUGACAUUUUACUUGUGUUUUCAGUUUUGUAAACAGUAGUUAAAAUUCAGUGUUUCACAUGACUGUACAAGUGAAUGCCAGGGGUCAAGUGCUUAGAAAGCUUUAGCUUUUUUACUCAGAAUGGGAUACAUAGCUUGGGAACUGGUGUUUCUCUGCAUUUUCUACAUCCUCAUGGCAGAGUGCCCAAGUGCCUAGGAUGGGGAUGUAGACACAGAAUUUGAAGCAGCAACUUUGAGACACUGGCAUGAUGACUGCUUUCUAAUGCCCAAGGAAAUUCUGUAGGUUUCAAGUAGGCCUUAAAUCCCAUUUGUUCAGGGGUUUUUAUCAAAUCUGGAUUUGAUUCUUUCCUUACCUGUUCAAUAAUGUUGUUUUUAAAAAGUUAGAAAUUAUAUCAGAUAUAAGCCAUGUUGGCUUCCCCACUGCCUGCCAGUCCCUGAUAGUUCCCAGUAUGUAGCCUACAGACAUUUUCACAGACUUGUUCAGAGCCACGUUUGUCAGCCUUGAAACCACUCCAGCAGCCCAAAGCUUCCAGGGAUUUGCUCACCAGAGCUGCAGGGUGCAGCACUGCAGCCAUGCUUUUGCCAAAGAAGCCUCAGCGUGAAGCCAAGAAGAAAGUGCAAAGCCAAGAAUUUUGGAAAACUAAGGGGAAGUAAUGGAUCACUGGACAUACCGUAGCUUUAGUUUUCCUCUUGCCGAUACAAGUCCAGGUGCUUAGAUGUCCUUUGGACAUCCAUGCAAACUUAAAGUGCGGAGAAUUAACUUCCAGAUGAAAUCAUUCUUCUUGUAAUAUACAAGCUGGGAAAAGAUUUACUAGGAACAUAAGGGUUCAGCUUUUGCUUUUUGUUCACCACUGAUGCGUGGUGUUCAGUCUCAUAUAUGCCAUGUUCAAAAGCUGGAUGCAAAAUAGUUGUCAAAAUAUAAACACAUUUUCUUAAUGGUGAGGGGAUUAUAAUUAGUCUUUUUCAAGGUUCUUUAUAUCUCAAGGGAACUUUUUGGUGUGUAUGUGUGGUUUUAUUUUAUUAAGCUGUAGCCCAGUGAAGUGGAAUUUUGCUAGUUUAUUUAACUUUUUUGCAAGUGUUGUGGUCUUUAGUAACUGUAAGAGUUUGACUUUAAGGAUUGGUAAAGAUUCCAGAAUUGUAAGAUCUUGCCUGUAAAAUAGUCAACAGCUUUGCCUUUUUAGCAUGUUAAUGGUUUUUAUGGACACUUCCUUUUGUAUACUGAGUGAAUGUAUUGUUUUAGAUUAAUGUUUAAUGGACCAAUAAAAUUUUUCUUACAUUUGAAA